AUGUUGAGGUCAAGCGAUAGCCUGACACUGGAAAAUUCAUUGAACGCUUUUGAAAGUGAAGCGAUACUUCAAGCUUUAGCAGUUGCUGGACUACUGAGUCAAGAGAAGCUUUAUCUGGAGCUUACAAACGAAGCCGUAAAUUUCGCGAGAAAAGAAAAGUUUAGUUUUUCGCAGUUAUGCGCACUCGUUUCGAUAAUUAACAGGGUGUUGAAAGAACUUUCAAGUAAGGAGUUCGGUGAUAAUAAGUUCUCCAUACGACGACAUACAGAAUGUCCUAGAUGUAUCGGACAAAAUUAUGAUGAGUUACUCUAUCCAGGUAUUGUGACAGGAUUAUCUCAACAGAGGCCACCCCACUGCAUUGAGUUAUUUUCGAUCGCUGAUUCUUUAAAAUGCGUUGAAUUUCUCGUGGACUCAUUGUUUAGACAUUGGAGACUUUACAAGUUCGCUUUAGCUCCAACAGCACGCCUUCUACCUCAGCUCAUUUACGAUACAAAAGAUUGUGAAUCGGAAAUUGUCGACUUGAAACCAUCAGGAACCGAUUUAUUAUACUCAAUUUUAAAAUAUGCACUCGAAGAUCAAAUUGAAGUCAACAAACAUUAAAAUCAAAUCGGUAAUUGAUUUGUGACAAAUUGUUCUAAGAGGUAUCCUCUUAAUUCUUACAUGUGAUACGUUACGUAAUCAACAAAGCGAACUUACGAAAACACUUACUGUUAAUAAAUGACUACAUACACAUCA